GGAUUCCACGAUGUUUAAAGCAAUGUCAAACUGCAUUAAUUCUACAGUGUGGCACAUAGGGAUUGUUUGCUGUCUGUGAAAUGCUCACAUUUCAAUUAAUUUUGAUUGUUUUAUCCUCUGAUUGGUGUGAGGAGGAUUUUAAACAGACACUGUUUCAGCUGUUAUUGCCCAGAUAGAUGCAGAGAUAUACCAAUUUCUCAGUUAUGGCAUCCUCUAUAAUAGUAAUAUCACACUGAUACAAUCCAUUUAGAAGUAUUAUCUUUGUACAGAGCAGCUGACUUUUCUUGACUUCUAGAAAUGUGAUGACAAGUUCAGAAAAGUAGAAACAAGUUCAAAAUAGGAAAAUAAUUUAGGUGUCUGUAGCUUCUGGACUGAGCAGCAUUUACUAUUCCCAGCCAGCAAUGUGGGUUAAAAUUAGAAUUUGGCUGGUGCUGCAUUUCAAGCCUGUCCUAGUUGGUCUGAGGUUUGUAAAUGGCUUCAGCAAAGCAGUCUAGAUUCAUGACUGCUUUCAGCUGUUGCGCCAAAAGCAGUGCGCUGUGGGAAGCCAGGCAAUAUGGACAAUGAUUUAGACAUUUCCUGCUGAAGGACAAUUUAAGUACAGGGAUUGAAGUCACUUGGCAAUCUUCUCCGUGUACAACAUAUGACACUCCUGUAUGCAAUAAUAAUGGAGAAGAACUAAUCUCAAUGUCAAAUCGGAAUGCAAAAGAGCCAUGACUGAAACAGCGGUGUGUGUUAGCUUGUUUACAUCCGUUAAAGCGCUUUGGGAAGUCAGGAUCCAGAAAAUAAAUGAAGAGCUUCAAAAAGAAAAAGAAUUAAGACAAAGGGCUGUGGGGAGACUGACAGUUGCUUGGGAAGAGAGGGUCAGUUUUGCCAAACUUAAAGAAAAAGUCAUCACUGAAGAUGGAAGGGCUGUAUUAAGGAUUGAAAAGGAAGAAUGGAAGACACUACCUUCUUGUUUACUGAAACUGGACCACCUUCAGGAAUGGCAGCUUCACAGAAUUAGUUUGGUAAAAAUCCCUCAGUUUAUUGGUCGCUUUCAAAAGCUCAUUGUUCUGGAUCUGUCUCGAAAUUCCAUCACUGACAUUCCUAGGGAGAUAGGUCAAUUGUCAAAUCUCCAAGAGCUGAACCUCAGUUAUAAUAAAAUUAAAUCCAUUCCUAAAGAACUAAGCAACUGUGUCAACUUAGAAAGACUGGAACUGGCAGUGAACAGAGACAUCUGUGACCUUCCCCAUCAGCUCAGCAACAUGAAGAAACUCUGUCACCUAGAUCUGAGCAUGAACCAGUUUGACACAUUCCCUUCAGUCAUUCUGGAUAUGCCAAGCCUGGAAUGGUUAGACAUGGGAAGCAACAAACUAAAAGAAAUCCCUGACAGUAUUGACAGAGCAGAAAACCUGCAUACUUUGUGGCUACAGAGGAAUGAGAUAAUUCAUUUACCAGAAUCCAUUCAAAACCUAAAGAACUUGAGCACCCUUGUUCUCACCAGCAACAAGCUCCAAGAUAUUCCUGGUUGCAUGAAGGACAUGCCAAACUUGAGAUUUGUCAACUUCAGAGACAACCCACUGAAGCUGCAAGUAACACUUCCCCCUUGUGAGAAUGAAGAAGAGGAGGAGGAACGAGAACUGUAUGGAAUUCAGUUCAUGCAUGCAUACAUUCAGGAGUCACUUGGCAUCAAAGAAAACAUGGAAAGUGAUAUUGGAGAUACUGCUGCUGACAAAUGAAAAAAACAACUGUGCCUUUACAGUUCUCUUAAGCAAAGAAAGAUUGAGCUACAUUUAUGUUCUCUGUAACAAAUGCCAAGUUGUUCUCUCAUUGCUGAAGAAUAAGCUGAUGUUUUCUUCUUCUGGUUCCAGAGGAGAUCGUAAAAGGAAUAAAAAUUUGGUAAGCAAAAUCCUGGACCUUAAAAUUCUAGAACUUC